AUGCCAACGGCGACUGGUGCGGCACCAUCAUCCUGGAGGACGCGUGGUUCGCCCGCGUGGGCGGCAUCGUCGAGUUCGCGGCGAUCUGCCGACGCCCGCGACUUCUCCAUGGAGGAGCUGGAUACCUGGAACUACUACGUCCCGGAGGACCGUGAGGGUUUUGAGUGGCACCUGUACUACGCCUUCCUAAUUGUUUCGGACAACGACCACACCGUCGCGGAGAGGGCUGGGCUCGCAAAGAUUCACCGGCGGGCCUUUGACCUGGCGUCCCUUGGGCCGGGGAAGGUGUGA